CUCCUCCUUUUUCCUCACCACCGUUGUGAGCAGAGCUGCACGGUGGUCUGGGCUCAGGGAGUCCCCGGGUUUCCAUCCGUGUAUUGUGCGUCAUGGAGAGAAUCGGGUGAGGGCUCAGGGGGUGCGGUGAUCGCAGCGGGGUGACACCCUGGAGGAGGGGUGACCACACGGUCCCCAUCCCUGCCCUGCAAUCGGCCCCCUCCACACACGCUACAACCCUGGCUGGCUGCUCUCACCCAGGCUGCAUCCCAGGGCUCUCAUCCUGCACACUGCAUCCCAAGAGCAUCCUGGAUCCCGUAUCGCUGUGAGAAUCCUGCAUCUGACAUCCCGAAAGGAGAGGCCGGGCAUGUAGUAGCGGCAGUAGCGGCGGAAUAUGGGCGGGAACCACUCCCACAAGCCCCCAGUGUUUGAUGAGAACGAAGAAGUCAACUUUGACCACUUCCAGAUCCUGCGGGCCAUUGGGAAAGGAAGUUUUGGAAAGGUAUGCAUCGUGCAGAAGCGAGACACAAAGAAGAUGUAUGCCAUGAAGUACAUGAACAAGCAAAAGUGUGUGGAGAGGGAUGAGGUGCGGAACGUGUUCCGGGAGCUGCAGAUCAUGCAGGGAUUAGAGCACCCCUUCCUGGUGAACCUAUGGUACUCCUUCCAGGAUGAGGAAGACAUGUUCAUGGUGGUGGACCUGCUGCUGGGUGGGGACCUGCGCUACCACCUACAGCAGAAUGUGCACUUCACAGAGGGGACCGUGAAGCUGUACAUCUGUGAGCUGGCCCUGGCUCUGGAGUACCUGCAGAGGUACCACAUCAUCCACAGAGACAUCAAGCCAGACAACAUCCUACUGGAUGAGCAUGGGCACGUGCACAUAACGGACUUCAACAUCGCCACGGUCCUGAAAGGAAGUGAGAAGGCUUCCUCCAUGGCUGGCACGAAGCCCUACAUGGCCCCUGAAGUCUUCCAGGUGUAUGUGGAUGGAGGCCCUGGGUACUCAUACCCCGUGGACUGGUGGUCACUGGGUGUCACAGCCUAUGAGCUGCUCCGAGGCUGGAGGCCAUAUGAGAUCCACUCAGCCACACCCAUUGAUGAGAUUCUCAACAUGUUCAAGGUGGAGCGUGUCCACUACUCCUCCACGUGGUGUGAGGGGAUGGUGUCCCUGCUGAAGAAGCUGCUGACCAAGGACCCUGAGAGCCGCUUGUCAAGUCUUCGUGACAUCCAGAGCAUGACCUACCUGGCUGACAUGAACUGGGAUGCAGUAUUCGAGAAGGCCCUGAUGCCUGGCUUUGUGCCCAAUAAAGGGAGACUGAACUGUGACCCCACAUUUGAACUUGAAGAAAUGAUUCUAGAAUCCAAGCCACUUCACAAAAAGAAGAAGAGGUUGGCCAAGCAUAGGUCCAGAGACAGCACAAAGGACAGCUGUCCCCUGAAUGGACACCUGCAGCAGUGUUUGGAGACAGUGCGGAAAGAGUUCAUCAUAUUCAACCGAGAGAAACUCAGGAGGCAGCAGGGACAUAAUGGCCAACUCUCAGACCUGGAUGGCCGAAUAGGAAGCCAGACCUCAAGCAAGCUGCAGGAUGGUCGAAACAAUAACAUCCUGACCCAUACAUGCCCCCGAGGCUGCAGCAGCUAAACUCGACUGCCCAGAUGACACUGUCUGCCCUGACACCCAGAACCCCCCUGUCCCCUGAUGGACCCCAUCUCACCCCUAAAACAUCAGAUGCAGGAAGAGCUCUGUAUUCAGGGUUCUGGUCCUUGUUUCCAGCUGAUUCGCUGUGUGACCUUGAGCAAAUCACACAUUCUCUGUGCCUCAGUUUUCUGCAUCUGUGGAAGGGGUUAAACAGCUCUUUGCCCCAUCUCCAGUCAUAAAAUUGUGAGAAUCUGGUUGGACUGCAGAUAUGUAAACUCCUGGGCAUUGAUCAAGUGUUUAUACAUGUAAAUUAUCUCAAUAUCUAAAGUGUCCUCCCUAGCCCCCACACAAUUUUAACCAUGAGAACUUUGCAAUUUGGCCCAUCCUAGUUUGCUUGAUGGAACUUUCAACAACAUAAAUAGCUGAUAUGUUUGUCCCUCUUAUGGGACUUCCAGGUUCCAAAGCAACCAGGAAGAGUCACACACAGACUUCCUGGCCUUCUGGAAUGGUGCAGCAUAAAGACCAAGCCCAGGAGUUUCUGCUGCAAACAGGUUUUUCCCUGACUCGUGGAAGGCUGCCCCCACAUUUGGAUUCCAGCAAUCACCAGCUAUCACCAUAUCCCCACAUCCCCGUGUUAGAUGGCACUGUGUCUCUGGCCACUCCUCCCCACCACAGAGUGUCCUGGGAUCCCAGAGGAGACUCAUCCUGCAGCGUGACCUCAGUCCCCACCAGGAAGAAUAUAAGAGUCCAGUCAGCCUGUCAUGCAAAGGCUCCCUGGCUGGGUAGUCAGAGCUUCCUGUUGAUACCUUAGGAAGCCUCGGUGCUUAGAGUCUUCUGUAGACACAAGCAGAAUCACUCAAGAAGCCAAGUAUCUUAUACCCUGGCCAGGAACCAGCUGACCCUUGAGCUGAGGAUGCUGAGAUUAGCAAAGAAAGCCAGUUGGCAGCUGCAGCCAAGACUGGAAGACCUCUGCAAAUCAUGUGCUUGCUCAAAGGUCAAUUUUCUCAUUCUCAAAAAAGGAAGGAGAAGGAUGGCCUUGUUAUGGGACUUGAUAAGAUCCCAUGUGUCACACAGUGAUGACUGACGUUGGCCAUCACCCUCCUCAUCAUCAUCUCCCUCCUCUUCCUCCUCCUCCUCCUCAUCUCCCUCCUCUUCUUCUUCCUCCUCCUCCUCCUCAUCUCCCUCCUCUUCUUCUUCCUCCUCUUCCUCCUCCCUCUUCUCUACCCUCCCCCUACUCUUCCUCCUCCUCAUAUUUAUCAUCAUCACCACCAUCAUGACUGCAAUCCUCCUCUGUUGGAGGUACUUUCCUGUUUUGGUGACAUAGCAGGUCUGAUUUCUGUGGACCAAGGAUCCUCCAAGUUUACAGUUUGUUUUCUUUUCUUACCUGGAGCCUCUGAGGUCUGGACAUCCCCGCUAAGAACAUCCCUACUGAGAUCAAGUGUUUUCACGUCAGCCUCUGUUUCCAUUUUCCACUUUCUCACUAUGAUUCACGUCUAUCAGUGUCAUCUCUUAGAUCUCUUGAGAGACAUUUUAAUGUAUGGUAAGGUUUUACACUUUUCAAAUAACUGCAUUGUACCACCCCCUUAACUGAGUCCCCCCACCAUGUCUAUCUCCUGCCCACUGUACUGUCUCCAGCCCCUGUCUGCCCUUCCUGCCCUGCAGAACAUCCAGCCGAUCUUCUCUACACUGUGACCUAGAAGUAUCAUAAUGUCUUCUUGGCAUGAGCUUGUGAAUGAGAGGAGGUGGUGAAGGGGAGGUGCACGGUGGGGACCCUGAUUAUUUGGCUCUGUUUAAGUCCAUGUUCCUUGUUCAGAAUAAAUAAGCACUCAGA